AUUAUCCAAACGGGAAAUAUGUAGGCUGGGGACCCUGAAUCACAUCGUGAGAAUUGCUGCUCAUUGUUUCCUCCGUCUUACCUCGUGAAUAGUUUGUAGUUUGGUUAUCUCAGUUGGAAGUCCUGCCCGGAAUCAUAUCUGCUAAGGCCAGAAGUAACCGUUUCCAGUUAAUACAGGCUUGUGUGUUGACUCUGGUCCCCCUGGGUGAUCCACGAUUGUUGUGGGAGUGAGUCCCCGACUGCCUCUGGGGGAUGUUUGUUCCAGUAGCAUUGUCAGCAGAUUCUUUUGGGUACAUUCCGUAUCAAUAUCUACGUGGGUUUGUAUUUAAGUAAACACAAAGAUGAUUUGUUGCUGGUGGGAGGGAAAGUGUAUGCAUUUUGCACAUUUUCCCCCCCAUUUAAUUUUGGAAUUUGUAGGCAGAAGAUGCCCUAAAUAAAUCACAGUGGUUUGAUUAGGAAGCUCUUGAAGGACAGUCUCAGUGCAAAGUGGGUGGUCUCAGUGCAAAGCAGGGUGUGCAUAAGGGCUGCUGAAUUCUGUUUGGGGAGCCGUUUACAGAGUUGAUAUCUAAGAAUAUGCACCUUGGAAUAUAUCCCCCAGUAGUAGUCACACUCUUUCUGUUUCUUUGUAGCCCCAGGAUGGACUUCUUGGUUCUCUUCUUGUUCUACAUGGCUUUGGUGCUGAUCAGUGUUGUUAUGAUCUGCAUCUGCUCAAAAACCCAUUACCUGAAGGGCCUGGUCAGAGGGACAGCACAGAUAAUUUCCUAUAUAAUUCCAGAAUGCCUUCAGAGAGCUAUGCUAAAAUUGCUUCAUUACCUCUUCCAUACACGAAACCACACCUUCAUCCUUCUGCACCUUGUCUUGCAAGGGAUGGUUUACAGUGAAUACACCUGGGAAGUAUUUGGCUACUGUCAAGAGCUGGAGUUUCCCUUGCAUUACCUUCUUCUGCCCUACCUGCUGCUGAUUGUAAACCUGGUGUUUUUCACGCUCAGCUGUGUGAGCAACCCUGGUACCAUAACAAAAGCAAAUGAGUUAUCAUUUCUUCAAGUUUAUGAAUUCGACGAAGUGAUGUUCUCAAAGAAUAUGAAGUGUUCUACUUGCAAUUUAAGGAAACCAGCGCGAUCCAAGCACUGCAGUGUGUGUAACAGGUGUGUGCACCGUUUUGACCAUCACUGUGUUUGGGUAAACAACUGUAUCGGGGCCUGGAACGCCAGGUACUUCCUCCUCUACCUCUUGACAUUGACGGCCUCAGCUGGCACCAUGGCCGUGGUGAGCACUGUGUUUCUGGUCCAGUUGGUGGUGCUGUCGGACUUGUAUCUGGAGACUUACGUUGAUGAUCUGGGACACUUCCAGGUUGUUGACAUUGUCUUUCUCAUUCAGUACCUGUUCGUUACCUUCCCGAGGAUUGUCUUCAUGCUGGGCUUUGUCGUCAUGCUGAGCCUCCUCCUGGGGGGCUACCUGUGCUUUACUUUGUACCUGGCUGCCACCAACCAGACCACUAACGAGUGGUACCGAGGUGACCGGGCCUGGUGUCAACAUUGCCCCCACGCGGCCCGGCCCCCUUCAGCAGAGCCCCAGGUCUACCGGAACAUUCACUCCCAUGGGCUUUGGAGCAACCUCAGAGAGAUCUUCCUUCCUGCCACUGCACAUUAUGAGAGAAAGAAAAAUUAAGAAUGGGAAGUGUUACUGCCACUUAAAUAUAGUGUAAAUUUAUUUAUACGAAUAGACACUUUCUAAGA